AUGGAAAAAGGCCUUGUGCUAGGGGAGUUGGAAUACUCAGAGGGGUGUUGCGAUUACAGUUAUUGUAGAUGUAUAAAGGUUGAGGAGGUCAAGGGGGCUAUUUGUAGGAUGCGUAGGGGUGGGGCGACUGGGCUAAAUGAGAUCCCGAUGGAUCUCUUGAAGUGCACGAGCAGAGCAGGUAUAGGGUGGCUGACUGAGUUGUUCAAUGAUAUUUUCAAGAUGCUCAAGGUGUUGAGAUGGAGGAUGAUGGUGCCUCCUCAGCUUAAAGACAAGUUUUACGGAGUGGCAGUCCACUCGACCGUGCUAUAUGGAACGAAGUGUUGGCCAGACAACUCUCACAUCCUAAAGUUGAAGGUGGCGAAAAUGAGGAUGUUGAAGUGGAUGUAG